AGGGAAGAGAGCUUAGUCAGACUGUGUGCCUCAGGCCGCAGUCCCACGGCUCACGUGGAUUGCAGUUCCACGUGACAGCGAGAUCGGAUUUCUCGCUUCCCCCACUCGUUACUCAUCGAGGGGCCUGAAGUCGUUCGCUGCACCUGCCCCAAAGCUUGUUUUGUUCUUCGAUCGGUCAGAAAGACGCCGACUACGGAUUCUGCGGUAUUUUCUAUGCCAGGCACCUGGUCCCAUUCCCUUUCUGGUGGAUCUGCGUGGUGGUGAGCCACUGGCGAACAAUUUUUUUUCGAUAAUCUAUUCUUAGUUCCGCACAUCGAUCGGGCAUCUUUGCUGGUCGGCAGCUUAACCAGCCUGGCGUCGUUCGGAGGAUCAUCCAGCGGAAUCGGAGGCGGGGGUCUGCAGGGGGACAAUCUGGAACUAAGCCCAGAGAAUAAUGCUUCUGCUGCCACCAGUCCCGUGAUGGGAGGUGCUGGCCAUCCUUCGGUCUCAGCGACUGGCGGUCCCGACCUGGGACCGUCCAGGAAGCGCAAUGUCACCGUCGCCGGUUUAGAUAGUUCCCCCGGCAGUGUCGACGUCGAUGACAUUGAUGACGAUAAUCGCGAGGAGAAGAAAAGACUGCCUGUAAAGCGCGCUUGCAAUGAAUGCCGGCAGCAGAAGCUUCGUUGUGAUGUGAGCCAAGAUCCGUGGAUGGACUGCUCCCGAUGUCGCCGCCUGAAGCUUGACUGUAAAAUCGAAUCCAACUUCAAACGGGUUGGAAAGCGGAGUCGAAAUGCAGAGAUGGAACGAGAGAUCAUCGCGUUGAGAAAGCAGAUUGCCCAUGCUCAGGCGAAUGCUACCGCGACGCUGCCUGCGCAACCGCCGUCAUCUCUUCCCACGGCCCAGCCUACUCCUAAGCAAGAAUCCUCCACCCAAGUCAGCCCGGUCGCGAUGUACCAUACGCCCUCUGCUAUAUCCUCGGACCAGUAUAUGGGCUCUCAUGAAGCUGUUGCGUCGCUGUUGGAUCUACGAUCGGGCUUCGACGGCUCGAACUAUAUGAGAAAUGGGAACCAUCACUUCAAGCGGCUCGAGGAUGUCGCCGUGGUGCCGGAGAGAGUGACGGAGCUGUUUGAUCUGUUCUUCACCUUCCAUCACCCAUUCCUUCCCUUCCUUGAUCGAGCGCAGUCGCCGGAUGACUACUAUAAUGCCUGUCCGUUGCUUUUCUGGACCAUCAUAAGCGUUGGCGCGCGUCGGUACACGGCAGACACGCACCUUCUCAACUCUCUCGCAGGUCCUGUCUCCCGACUAGUAUGGAGUACGCUGGCGGAUAUCCCACAAAGCUAUCACGUUGUGAAGGCUCUGUGUUUGCUUUGCACGUGGCCAUUUCCCACCAGCAGCACUUCCAAUGAUCCCACCUUUAUGCUCUGUGGAAUGAUGAUGCAGGUCGCAAUGCAACUAGGUCUACAUCGACCCUCGCAUACUCAGGAUUUUAGCAAGUUCCGGGUGGAACUGAUUGAGGAGGAACUGCGAGAUAAAGUGAGAACGUGGGCUAUUUGCAACGUGGUUGCGCAGAGAGUUGCAACCGGAUAUGGACAGCCGCCAUCCACCUUGUAUGACUGGACUCUGUCGUCUAGUGACUUGAUCGAUCCGAACUUCAAAUUACCCGAGGGCAUUCAGCCUCGACUGGAGAUUGAAAAGUUCUGCGAUAAAGUAACCAAAGGGCUGUACACCAAUCGACGUGAUCCUGUCGGGUUAUGUAGCGACCAAGAAAGGUCGUCUCUGAUCUCGUUUCUUUCCCGAGAUUUUGACGAACUAGAAACUCAUCUGAAGCCGCAAAAUGACUGUAUCACCAACCUCUAUCUUCGAGCGUCUAAUCUCCAUCUCCAUCUAUCCGCAUUUUUCGAUGACCCCACCGCCAAGAAUUACAGAGAGCGCCUACUUGCGCUGUACGUCGCCACUACUACAUUCCUGGAGGCUUCCAUGAACUUGGAGACGGAAGUUGGGCCCGUGCUAUCCUACACGCCAUAUUACGUGUACCAGAUGCUGGUUGCAGCUGGCUGCACCCUGCUUAAACUCUGCAAGAGCUUCUUUGCGGCUCACAUCGACAUGGAGUACACCAAAACCCUUUUCAAUCGAACCAUCUGGGCCAUCCGCGGUGUGUCGGUCUCUAACAACGACCUUCCCGAGCGGCUGGCGGAAGUGCUAGCCCAGAUGUGGAGACUCGGAAAUGCACCAACCCCUAAGCCGACGGACAAUCCUGAAAUGGAUGAUUCAUUAAUGUUGAAAGUACGGUGCCGCAUGAGCAUGUCUCUCCUGUACGACUCGGUGUGGCGAUGGCGCGAGGAUGCGCGGACCAAGGGCCGCAAUAUCGAAGCCUAUCUUAAGAACCCCACGAACCCGGAUUCGAAUGCCGACUCAUCCGCAUCGUCGUCGGUCGGAGCUCUCCAUACGUCCACGUCAACUCCUGGUGUGUCUGCCGCGGAUCCGAGCCUUGCGCCAGCCCCCUUGCUACCGACAGCGAGCCUGGGAGUGCAAUCAAACAACGGGGUCGGCGCGCUGCCCAGCGGAUUCAUGGAGCCCAAUUACGAGGUUUUUGACCCACUGAACUGGCUCUUGGACGGCUUAGUAGACCUGCCUUACUCCUCCUACUCCACCAUAUCGGGCAUGGAAACACAAGGGAUCGCCUAGACCGACAGACCGCAUUCCCUGUGUUACACAAGAAAGACUCAUUGACACCAUCCCAGUCACUGGGCGUUAUUCGAUACCUUAAUUGCCGGGUUAGCGUGUUUGAUUGAUUUGAUUUGUACCUGUACAUAUACCAAACAGCGUCGACACCGUCGGGUGAAAGGGAGCGACGGAGUUUGGAUUUCGCUUUUGCUUCGUUCACGUUUAUGAUUCCUAUUGGUUUAUUUUUUUGAUGUUUUUGGCGAUACCAUGUACGGCCACCCAUGCUAUGAUACUUGCAAUUUCAGUUGAUUUAAUGAACCC